AUGGGUAACGUUAUUUCUAUGAUUGAACGUCCCCCGGUUUCACGGCUGGGGGGUAAUCAACCCCCACCCAGGAAUUCUACUAAAAAAGAAUUCAGAAAUCAGCCAAACAUCCAGCCUUCUACGGACAGGUAAGUGGGCAGCGGCUGCAGGUAUCCUAUUGGAUGGGGUUAUUAGAAGAUGGGGGUCAGAGUUCGAUAGAGAUUAGAUUAAAGGAUAGUUUGUUAAUGGGCAUCAUUUCUAUAAAAUGACACAGCUUUCCUGUAGAUUGAAUAGUGUCAUCUUGAAAUGAAUGGGAGUAACAUAAGGGUUAAAAUCCUUAAAAUGUGAAUUUGAGUUUCAUCUCUUAGUUAUUCUUCUUAACAGAUGAGAUAAAAAAUGAACAAAACAAUAAACGUGUGUAGCUUAGUCCAUUUGUAGUGAUUGCAUUAAAAUAAGCAGGCAAGAAAUAUAGGGGUGUAAAAAACAAGUAAAAUAUCUAGGAAUUAAUAAAGGUGUUUUGAGUCCCUGAUCAGACAGCACCAUCCUGGGAUGAAAUGCAGGAUGACAUGCGUCUUGAAAACUUUCACAGGUUUUAUAUAUUAAAUUGAAUUAUUUAACCAUUACAAUACAACCCAAAUAGCAAUGCAUAAUAUAUAAUGGCUUCUUGUAUCAUCUCCUAAACACACUCGGUUAUUCCAGACAUAAAACGUCAAAUGUGCGAAAUAUGAAACUUCACUAAUCACUUUUUCUUUUCUCAAUAGGCUAGCUCUUAAAGCAGAGCCCCAGACAUUCCCCCAGAUAUCACCUAAUCUGGAUAUUUCUCUAGAAACUGAGAAGGGGAAGAGACGGGAGCAGCGGGAACAGAAUGGCGGGUUUGUGGAAGAAGUUCUAAAAUGUUGCCAAGAAGGCACAUUUAGACGUCGCCUUCCCCCUUCUGUUACAUCUAAAUUUGCUGUGCUUGAUAAAAGGUAAAUACUCUGUGAUCACAUUAAUCAAAGGGGGGUCUUGUACUUUAUUUCUAUUGCUUUUGUUUUAACAAAUUGAGAUAUUAACCUCUGCGAUGGGUGCUGUAAAGAUCAGCCUGAACUUUUUGUUUUUUUUCUUUAAAAGCUUUAGACAUUAUGAUACCUAUGUCAGAUAUAAAAAAGAGGAGAAGAUUCCCGAUGUACCAUACUAUAUUCGGGUGACUCCAAAGAAAUCCAACGUAGAAAUACGAUAUGCUCGACCACCUAGGUAAGUGUACCAUGAGACACAGAAUAACCAACCGCAAUCCUAUAAGGUUAUCCAAAUAAAACUGCAUUGUCCUCAGUAAACAAAUACACUGGUUCUUUCACUGGCUGGCUGUGUACGCAGGAAACCAAGGCGAGAAGAACCACAGAUAGAGAAAUAUGUCAAUGGUCUUUCUGAGCCAACAUCACAAAUCACAAAAUAGACUAUUUACUGAUAUUACUGUAUCCAGAAUGUAAUGUACGACACAUAGAGGAUGUUAUGGUGUCACUAUAAGCUGUGCAAUAAUGACUGAUGGAUAAUGAGAGAUGGGGUAACUGACGGACCGGAAGAAUGGAAAGGGAGGAAAGGACAUCAUUGCUACAACUGUAUUUGAAUUUUUCCUCUUUUCAUUGCAGGGACCCAUUCCUUUUCUCUAAGGUAAAGCCUACAUUACUUCUAACUCAAUACAAAACAACUAAAAAGGCUCGAAAUGUCCCAGAAAAGGAAGUCAGCAAAAAAAGACUGGAAAAUGCAGAAACAUUCUGUGCAGAGUGUUAUAAACAGAAUAAUAUUCUACUGUCAGAACCUGUCACAAGUGUAGAUGAUAUUGUUUGUCAGCCUUCUACAGGCAGGUAAGUGGCCAGUGACUGCAGGUAUCAUAUUAGAUGGGGUUAUUGGAAGAUGGGGGUCAGAGUUGGAUAGAGAUUAGAAUAAAGGAUGGUUGGUUAAUAGGCAUUAUUUCUAUAAAAUAAUAUAGUUUUCCUGUAGAUUUAAUAGUGUAAUUGAAAUGAAUGGUUGUAAUAUACGGGUUAAAAUCCUUAAGAUGUAAAUUUGAGUUUAAUCUAUUAGUUAUUUUUCUUAACAGAUGAGAUGAACAAAACAAUGAAUGUGUGUAGCCCAGCCCAUAUGCAGUAAUGGAAUUUAAAAUAAAAUACGCAGGCAUGAUAUACAGCGGUAAAAAGAAGAUAAAAUAUAUAGGAAUUAGUAACGGUGUUUGAGACCCUGAUUGGGCAGCUCCAUCCUGGGAUUAAGCACAGGAUUAAUUUAGUCCAGACAUGUCACAAGUAUUACACAUCAAAUUGAAUUAUUUAACCAUUAAACUACGACCCAAAUAGCAAUAUAUAAUGCUAAUUAUUUUAUCAUCUCCUAAACAUACUCGGUUAUUCCAGAAAUAUAACAUCAAACGUGUGAAAUAUGAAACUUCACUAAUCACUUUUUCUUUCCUACUUGGGGAACCUCUUAAAGCAGAGCCCCAGCUCCAGGUUUCUUUCUAUUGUUGAUGUUUUGUUUUAACAAAUGGAGAUUUUAACCUCUAAGCUGGGUGCUGCAAGAAUUAGUCUGAACUUUUUGUUUUUUGUGUUUUUCUUUAAAAGCUUUAGACAUAAUAAUAACUAUGUCAGAUCUGGAAAAGAGGAGAAGAUUCCCGAUGUACCAUACUAUACUCGGGUGACUCCAAAAAAACCAAUGACUUAUGUUCGACCACCUAGGUAAGUGUACCAUGAGACACAGAAUAACUGACAAUAAUCCUAUAAGGUUAUCCAAAUGAAACUGCAGGGUCCUCAGUUAGCCAAUACCCAGGUUCUAUCACUGACUGUCUGUGUACACAGGAAACCAAUGAGAGAAGAUCCACAGACAGAGAAAGAUGUCAAUGGUCUUUCUGAGCCAACAUCACAAAUCACAAAUUGCAUUAGUUAACCAUUAGAAUACAACCCAAAUAGCAAUUCAUAAUAUAUAAUGGCUUCUUGUAUCAUCUCCUAAGCAUACUCGGUUAUUCCAGAAAUAUAACGUCAAAUGUGCGAAAUAUGAAACUUCACUAAUCACUUUUUCUUUUCUCAGUAGGCUAGCUCUUAAAGCAGAGCCCCAGACAUUCCCCCAGAUAUCACCUAAUCUGGAUAUUUCUCUAGAAACUGAGAAGGGGAAGAGAUGGGAGCCACGGGAACAGAAUGGCGGGUUUGUGGAAGAAGUUCUAAAACGUUGCCAAGAAGGCACAAAGAGUCUUUGCCCUCCCCCUUCUGUUCCAUCUAAGUUUGCUGUGCUUGAUAAAAGGUAAAUACUAUGAGAUUACAUUAAUCAAAGGGGGGGGGAUAUUGUAGGUUUUUUUCUAUUGUUGAUUUUUUGUAUUAACAAAUUGAGAUUUUAAACUCUAAUAAUAUGCUCUAAUAAUCAACUUUUUGUUUUUUGUGUGUUUCUUCAAAAACUUAGACAUAAUAAUAACUAUGUCAGAUAUGGAAAAGAGGAGAAGAUUCCCGAUGUACCAUACUAUAUUCGGGUGACUCCAACAAUAACCAACAAACCAAUGACUUAUGUUCGACCACCUAGGUAAGUGUACCAUGAGACACAGAAUAACUGACCAUAAUCCCAUAAGGUUAUCCAAAUGAAACUGCAGGGUCCUCAGUUAGCCAAUACCCUGGUUCUCUCACUGGCUGUCUGUGUACACAGGAAACCAAUGAGAGAAGAACCACAGACAGAGAAAGAUGUUAAUGGUCUUUCUGAGCCAACAUCACGAAUCUCUGGGGAGUACUAGAGCAACGUGACUUACUAAGCAUUACCUAAUUUCAAUAAGAUAUGAAUUUUAAUAUAAACAUAAGCUUUUAUAAUACAAAAUUAACUAUAUACUGAAAUAACAGAAAGUAUAAUGUAAUGUCUGAACCAUAAAUGGUGUGAUAGUAUCACUGUAAGCUGUGCAAUACUGACUGAUAAAGAGUGAAAGAGUUGCUGACAGGAUGAAAGUGAGAGGAAUAUGAUACGUGACAAAAUGGGCUGAUGGAUGGAAAGGGAGGAAAGGAUAUAAUUUUUACAAUUUUUUUUUUACUUUUCCUAUUUUCAUUGCAGGGACCCAUUCCUUUUUUCUAAGGUAAAGCCUACAUUACUUCCAAAAAAACACAUAGCAACUAUAAAUGCUGCAAGUGUCCCAGAAAAGGAAGUAGACACAAAUGGACUGGAAAAUGAAAAGAAAUAUUCUGCAGAAUAUUGUGAUCAGAUUCCUAUUCUACAUCCUGAACCCAUCACAAGUCUAGAGGAUAUUCCUUGUCCUCUGCUGAAGUCUAUGUCUCUAGAGCCUACAGAGGUUAUCACACGUCUAGAAGACAACAAUUCUCUAGAAUGCACUGUCUGUACUAUCGAACCUCAUACAAACAGAUUGACAGAGGAGAUUCCAGUACACCUUGGGCACCCACAGUCCUCUUCGAGUUGUUCACCUGAGCUUACAAAUCUAGAUUCUAAGAACCCAAUCACAGUUCAUUGUCAUUCCGUGCAGUUUAUGUCUCCAGAGCCUACAGAGGUUAUCACAUGUUUAGAAGACAACAAUUCACUAGAAUGCACUGUUUGCACUAUCGAACCUCAUACAAACAUAUUGACAGAGGAGAUUCCAGUACACCUUAGGCACCCACAGUCCUCUUCAACUUGUUCACCUGAGCUUACACAUCUAGAUUCUCACGACUCAAUCACAGUUCAGGAACCUGGUAGUCUACUAGAGAGCCCAGUUUGUCCUGCCAAACCACACACUGGUGAAAUGUUAGUGGAGCUGCCAGUAAACAAUGUGACUUAUCACUCUGAGACUAAUUUGGAUUCCCCCACUAUUCAGCCAGAGGGGUUGCUUCAAAUCAAUCAAGAGAGCAUCGCUGAGCAGAACCAAACUGAGAUUAAGAAUAAUCAACCUGAAGCACGUGUGAGCCUGAGCAGUGAUCCCGGAGAGCAGCCAUUGCCAAAGAAAGAAGACAAAGAAAAAGGACCACCUGGUGAGGCCGGUAUAGUACCAAUGCAAAUCACAGAAAGCCAAGACCUUGCGGUACCUGCACUCCAAGAGAAAACAAAUAUUAAAACAAAGGUAGAAAGAAUACGCUAUGAUAGGGAUUCUUUACUACAAUUCCAAUCAACCACACUGCAGCCAAAGGACUUCUUCGAAAUCUUAAAUAUCUACCAAGGUAUGCUUAUUAGACCUCACCUUCGGCCAGUGCAUCCAUCACAACUUACCAGCAAGAAUUGCACACCUAUAUCUGAAAAUGUUUCCUGUCGUGCUAAGGGUAAUCACAGACGACCUGGAAUGGGUCAAAUGAGAUCUCAUCACACUCCUGGUAAAGAACCUCGCAGGAUCCUUCAACUACAUGAGAACAUUACACUGCAAAAAUCUGACAAAGCUUGGAAACCUCCAAUGAAAAGGGCAAACAAAGAUAUCAAACAUGUCAAGACACAAGAAUUGCUUUGCAAAGUCCGUGGUAUUCUGAAUAAGAUCACUCCACAGACGUUUCAAAACCUUAUCAAACAGCUGAAGGACCUCUCUGUAGAGACAGAGUAUGAGCUGAAAGGCGUUGUAGAACUCAUUUUUGAAAAAGCGAUAGCAGAGCCACAUUUCGCUGUUAUUUAUGCUAGUAUGUGCAACUGGCUAAUGAGGCUUCAGGUCCCAACCGAAGACAAUCGUGAAAUCUGCAUUACGUUCCGCAGGCAGCUAAUAAGCCUCUGCCAGAAGGAGUUUGAGAGAGGGGAAAAUGGAGGUGAAAGAAUUGAAAAAUUGCAAAAGGAACUGGAUGCAGCUACGUUACCUGAGGAAAAGUCUCGAUUAAAGGAGGAAUUAAUUGAAGCCUGCAAGAAAUCACGCAAGCGAUCCCAAGGGAACAUCAAAUUUAUUGGGGAGCUAUGUAAAUUAAAAUUACUUUCUGAAGACACCAUGAAAGACAUUCUUAGUAAACUAUUGAACAGGAACAGCGAAGAGUCCAUGGAAUGCAUCUGUCUUCUGCUAACAUCAAUUGGGAAGUACCUGGAAAAUGGAGAGUCUUACAUGGAUGACUAUUUCAACAAGGUUGGUAUCUGUAUUAAAAACAAGACAAUAUCUUCACGGAUUCGAUUUAUGGUGCAAGAUGUGCUGGAUUUAAGGAAAAAUCACUGGAUCCCUCGACAUAAACCCCAGGGUCCGAAAACCAUAGAUCAAAUUCACAAAGAGGCAGAACUGGAAUCCAGAGGAAAAGCGCAGUGACCCAAACAAACAAAAAACAAACACUACUCCUUCCAUGGACACCUGGGUAUACACAACAGAUGUACAGAGACAAGCCUGCAGAUUCAUUCACAUAAAUAUAUUCAAAAUCAUUCAGGCAGCGACACCAACUUUUAUGCCCAAAGAAACACCUACUCAUAUACAGACAGAGACGAAUGCAUAUUCACGACAAUGACAAAUUCAGAAAUAAUGCAAAGACAAACACAUUCCCAU